CUCCAUCCCCUGGUGGCACCACCACCGCCGCCACCACCAGCACGCCCGCAAACCACCUUUUUAUUCCCUGCCGGCACGACUUUUCCAGGCACGGUCGGCCUGUCUCGUGGCCUGGGUCGUCUUUGUUGGCCAUGGAGGCCCUGACUGUGCGGGUGGUGGCCUUCUGGCUCGAGGUCGCCGACUAUGCUACCUCGCGGCUGGGCGUCUCGUGCGUCUUUCCCUCGUCUUGUCCCCCCCCAAACCAGCUAACCGCGAGCCGCGGCAGUAUAAGCACGCCCCAGGUGGCCGCGGCCGUCGUCGCCGUCGUCGCCUCCACGCUCCUGGUCCGGUUCCUCCUCACAGAGACCUCGCAGCCGAUUCUCUACUCGGUGCCCCCGCCCAAGGUCGCCUCGCCCGAGACGUUCCUCGACGAGCCGUCGAUCCGCGAGCCCGGGUCGUCGGCGAUACGAUGCUACGCGCCGGCGACGGGACAGCUGCUGGGCCGUGUCAACGCGUCGUCGCCGGGCGCCAUCGACCGGUCCGUGGCGGCGGCGGCGGCUGCGCAGGCGUCCUGGGCGGCGCGCACCACCUUUGCCCAGCGUAGGGCCGUGCUGCGCACUCUCCUGCGACACGUGCUCGAUCACGCAGAGGACAUUUGCCGCGUCGCGGCGCUCGACAGCGGGAAGACCAUGGUGGAUGCGCAGCUGGGGGAGAUUCUCGUCACCGUCGAGAGGAUCCAGUGGACGCUCAAGCAUGGCGAGCGCGCGCUCCGGCCGUCGCGCCGCCCGACGAACCUCCUCAUGGCGUACAAGCGCAACACGGUGCACUACGAGCCCAUGGGCGUCGUCGCCGCCCUCGUCAGCUGGAACUACCCCUUCCACAACAUGCUGGGCCCCAUCGUCAGCGCCCUUUUCGCCGGCAACGCCAUCGUCGUCAAGGUCUCGGAGCAGACGGCCUGGUCCAGCGCCUACUUCCUCGCCGUCGCCCGCGGCGCCCUCGCCGCCCACGGCCACGACCCGGCCCUCGUCCAGGCCGUCGCCUGCUGGCCCCAGACGGCCGGCCACCUCACCUCCCAUCCGGGCGUCGCCCACGUCACCUUUAUCGGUUCCCAGGCCGUCGCCCGCCACGUCGCCGCCAGCGCCGCCACCAGCCUCACGCCCGUCGUCGCCGAGCUCGGCGGCAAGGACCCCUCCAUCGUCCUCGACUCGGCCGCCGGCGACCUGCCCCGCAUCGCCGAGGUCAUCCUCCGCGGCACCUUCCAGGCCGCCGGCCAGAACUGCAUCGGCAUCGAGCGCGUCAUCGCCGCCGGCGCCGUCUAUGACCGCCUCGUCGCCAUGCUCGAGCCCCGCGUUCGCGCCCUCCGCCUCGGGCCCGACGCCGACGUCGGUGCCAUGAUCUCCGACGCCUCCUUUGACCGCCUCGAGCGCCUCGUCGCCGACGCCGUCCGCCAGGGCGCCCGCCUCCUUGCCGGCGGUCGCCGUGCCCACCACCCAGAUUACCCCCGCGGCCACUACUUCCAGCCCACCCUCCUCGUCGACGUCACCCCGGACAUGGCCAUCGCCCAGCAAGAGUGCUUUGCCCCCGUCCUGACCAUGCUGCGGGCUCCAUCCUCCUCCCCCGCCGAUGUCCUCGCCGUCGCCAACGCCCCCGACUUUGGGCUCGGCGCCUCCGUCUACGGCUCCGAGCGCGACCCCGCCCUCGCCCAGGUCGUCGGCGGCCUCCGCGCGGGCAUGGUCGCCGUCAACGACUUCGCCGCCUACUACGCCGUCCAGCUGCCCUUUGGCGGCGUCGCCGGCUCCGGCUACGGCCGCUUCGCCGGCGAGGAGGGCCUCCGCGGCAUGUGCAACCUCAAGAGCGUCUGCGAGGACCGCCUCGGAUGGCUCGGCCUCCGCACCGCCAUCCCCCCGCCCGUUCAGUACCCCGUCCCCAGCCAGCAGCGCGGCUGGAGCUUCACUCAAGGCGUCGUCGAGCUCGGCUACGGCGGGCCCGUCAGGAAGGCCAAGGGCCUGGCCAGGCUGCUUAGGAACAUGUAGGCAGCGCGCGCGACCUGUCUAGCUGUUGACGUGCCAUGACGCCUAGCCGUGGAAGGGACGCCAAGCGUGUGGGCGUCGGGGGCUUGAGCCGUCUUUCGCCCAUCCCGCUGUACUAAUAGAUGAAGCUGAUGCUGUAAUAGACCAUAAGCACCUAGGUUGUAGGCUCUGUCUGGCUCACUGCCCUGUGACGCCCCUGAUGCCACGACAGAUCGCGCUUGCCCAUCGACUUGCUCGUCUCUUGAGUAGAUCAACUUGUCGAGUCACCAUCACCACCCGAGCAGGCGAUUAGUGCGCACGUUUACUAUCGGAGGUCUUGUUCAGCCUAAAGUAGCCCCAUACGGUGCUUGCCCGCCACAGUCGUAGCGGUCUCGCAAUCUAGACUACAUUGCCGAA